CCUAGAAUGUGUGGACGUGUAUUUACUUACCAUAGAGGUGCGGGCCUGCCGCCUGUCGAUUUGGGUGGAAUGAUUAUUAAAGGAAUAGGUAAGCGAUUUUGUUUAUUAAAAAUAUCUUGUAGCAAUGGGAAGCGGAUCGGCAGAGAAUGUUGGUCUCGAAAAACGAGAUUUAGGCUGAUGCAUCUCACCUUGGUUUGAACUUUAAUCAGGGUCUCAAAGGUCAGGAU